UAAGCUGCUCGCCCUGAUCCGUCCUGGGAAUGUCCCGCAGGAGUCCCACUGAAGCUCAGAGUGACGGCUGCUGCUCCGGGCUGCAGAGAGAUGCUGCUGCCAGGCAGAGGGAAGAGCAGCAUCCCCGUGUAGUGAUGAUGAGUAGCUGGGCUGUGUGUGACUGUAUCAUACCUCCCUCUGCCUCCUCAGUCCACACCCCCAACCCAGUGCUGUAAUCUCCUCUCCCUUCCACCUUCCCAGCCUUGUGCCGGGGACACUGACAGCUGCCAGUAUACCUCCGGCUGCCGCUCCUGCACACAGGCUCCGCUCCUGCACACAGGCACCUCUCUCCUUUGGCUGCUGCUGCCCUACCUCGUCUUCCUACUGCUGGGUGUAGCUGAGUGUAUGGGAGAGGUGAGCAGCGCCAGGUGCCCAGGGAUGGCUCGUACAGGAGCACCGGAGAGCCCCCUUCUGUAAGCGGAGGACACAGGCACGGGAGCCGGCAGAGGCAGGAGACAAACCGGGUCAGAGGCAGAGCAGAGACCGGGACUGAGCACGGACCGCUUGUCGCUGCCGCGGAUGAAGAGACGACGAAACCAGCAAUAUGAGCAGCAAUUCAGUACCCUAUCAACACAAUUCCUACAGUACAUCAGGGAGUUCCGGUCCUAUCCAAUGUUAUCGCUGCGGGGAGAUAUGUAAAGGAGAAGUUGUGAGAGUCCAAACCAACCACUUCCACAUCCGUUGUUUUACUUGUCAAGUUUGCGGCUGUGAUCUGGCCCAGUCUGGCUUCUUCUUUAAGAAUGGCGAGUAUAUCUGCACCCGAGACUACCAGCAGCUCUAUGGGACCCGAUGUGACAGCUGCAGAGAUUUCAUUACGGGGGAAGUCAUUUCCGCCCUUGGACGGACGUAUCACCCCAAAUGUUUUGUAUGCAGCAUGUGCAGAAAACCAUUUCCAAUUGGAGACAAGGUGACCUUCAGAGGCAAAGAUUGUGUUUGCCAGAAUUGUUCCAAAUCUUUAGUAAGUGACAAGCCAAUCAAGAUCCAUGGGCCGAGCCACUGUGCUGGGUGUAAGGAGGAGAUCAAGCACGGCCAGUCACUAUUGGCGCUGGAGAAACAGUGGCAUGUAAGCUGCUUUAAGUGUCAGACGUGUGGCAUCAUCCUAACGGGGGAAUAUAUCAGCAAAGACGGUGUGCCUUACUGUGAGGCUGAUUACCACGCUCAGUUUGGGAUUAAAUGUGAAACCUGCAACAAAUACAUCAGUGGCAGAGUUCUAGAGGCAGGCGGCAAGCAUUAUCACCCGACAUGUGCCCGCUGUGUGCGCUGCCAGCAGAUGUUCUCAGAAGGAGAGGAAAUGUACCUGACAGGCUCUGAAGUGUGGCAUCCAAUCUGCAAACAGGCAGCCCGUGCAGAGAGGAAGCUAAAAUACAGAAGAGCUUCUGAAACCUCAAUCUCCCCUCCAGGAUCUAGCAUUGGCUCCCCCAACCGUGUUAUAUGUGCUAAAGUAAACAAUGAGAUUCUAAAUUACAAGGAUUUAGCUGCUCUCCCUAAGAUUAAAGCAAUCUACGCAGUGCAGCGUCCUGACCUUAUAUCUUACCAGCCGUAUAGCAGAUACACGUCGGAUGAGAUGCUGGAGAGAUACAGCUAUGGGGAGGAUAUCUAUGAAGGAAUGGAUUUGCGACAAAGAAGAUCAUCAAGUCCAGGAUAUAUUGAUUCUCCUCUUUACAGCCAUAGAGAUCUCUCCCUUACCAUGCCUCGCUCCCCGCAGCAUUACUACAUGUCAGGCACAGAGAGUGGGCGUAACUCCCCUUACUAUAGUCAGGUAGAUGUACGGUGCUCUACACCGACUCUUUACCAAGCUCCUCGACAUUUCCACAUACCAGCUGUUGCAGAGAGUAACAUUUACCGGAAACCUCCCAUCUAUAAGCGGCAUGCAACCAAAAGCAAAACAAGUGAGGAUCUUCAACAGUCCCCCAAGUACCUCCCUGCAUACACUGCCGAUCCUUAUUACCAAUCGGAGCCUGAGUAUUGGAUGUACUCCCCGAAAAUGCCUCGAGCGCGGAGAUUCUCAUCAGGAGGAGAGGAGGAUGGUUUUGAUCGAACCAUGCACAAGCUUCAGGGCGGUAUCGGGAGACUGAUCCUGAAGGAAGAAAUGAAGGCUCGGUCGUAUGCUGACCCCUGGACACCACCCCGUAGCUCAGCAGGCAGUAAGGAGGCUCUGCACACUGCUGGCUAUAAUACAUCUCUUAAUGGAUCUCCCAACAGGUGUUACCUUGCUGACAAUGAUCCCCUGAUCUCCAAAUCUGCCUCACUUCCAGCAUACAGGAGGAACGGACUGCACAGGCCACCCAGCACUGAGCUUUUCCACUACGAUAGUGCCAAUGCCGUCAACUGGGGCAUGCGAGAGUACAAGAUCUAUCCAUAUGAAUUACUCAUGGUCACCACAAGGGGGAGGAGUAGACUACCUAAAGACGCAGACAGAACUCGUCUGGAACGCCAUCUAUCAGCUGAAGAGUUUUAUCAAGUGUUUGGAAUGACCAUAUCAGAGUUUGACCGCCUGGCACUGUGGAAAAGAAACGAGCUGAAGAAACAAGCCAGACUUUUCUAACUCUCUCUACUAUGUGCCUCAAAAUGUACAACCUCUAUAAAUAUAUUUAUAAAUAAAUAAUGUAUAACUACUACACAUGAUAUAUAUAUUGUAUUAUAGGAAAAUCUCCAGAGGAAUUUACUUUAUACUUUUCAGAAGUGAAAGGGACUUCGACCUAGUUCUAUGCAAUGUGUUGUAAUCCCUUUUACUACUGGCAAGGUUAUUCUGUGGAGAGAGAUAUUUUCAACUCUUGGUUAUAUUUUUUAAACUACUGUUUUUUAUGCGCUGCUAUUUUGGAGAGUUUAAAGACUUCAAUAAACCUACAUUAUUAAUAUUGUUACAAUGCAUCUUCAAGAUACUGUUGUUUUAAUGUUCCAAAAUUCCAGUGGUGACUAAUUGGCAGGUAUUCAGAAUGUGCACCAAUUAUGGGUUGAGUCUCCCAUAUCCGAAAAUCCAAUUUUUGAAAUACAGAUGUGUCCUCAUACAUCUAACCAUGCAGGAGGAGAUGCCUGUCGCGAGUGAGCUGACAGGAGUCAUGAGACUCUGCUAGCGCUGGGUGGCUUUUCUGCAUCUUUUUGCAGAAAAAUGGAUCUUAGACGCAACACGUUGUGACUAGGACGUACCUGGCAACUGUUCUGAUUAAAUUGAUAUGCGACACUUGUAUAUCUGGGUGCGACUGAGUCUGUAUUUGAAACCCAACAGAACUUGGUAUGAAAAAAGCCACGGCUGCUGCACUGUAGCAGUUUCUAUGCAGAGUCAGAGACUCAGUCGCACACAGAUGUGAAGGUACCAGAUUUAGGACAUAAAGCCCACCUUUAUUCUCAGACCCCCUUAAACACAGCGCUUACGCAGAUAAGGAGAAGGUGCUUUAUAAUCACACAUUUAUUGAGGAGGUAAUGUAAAAAUACCAGCCAUCUAGGUAACAUCACACAAUCACCAAAGGGCUUGCAACAACAUAUCAUAUGAGAUUGAAAACUAGUCUCCGCAAAACUCGAGCAGAGUCCCCAAAACUCAUCAGAGGCAUUUACACCAGUUUAAUACAGUUCCUACCAAGAUCUCAGGUAAACAACUUCAGCAGAAAUUUCAGGGUCCCGGCCGCAUGGCCACUGUGCUUCAUUAACAUGGUGGGGUCCAAGCAACUAUACACUGAACUCUGCAUCUUACAGGGAUAGACCAGCGAACCUAUCAGCACCUUCAGAAUACCUGAUGCCUGGGCUCUGCUAGCAUCAAGAGCUCCUGCUGCCUCUCAUAUAUCUGAAGCUACCAAACACAACUUCCAGCAGCGUAGGAUUUGGAAAAACUGACACAACCCUCCCACAACACCUGUUCCCUUUUAAAACCACAUUGAAACAUGACUAGCCUGUUCAUUUCACGGCGCCAGCAAAACAAGAAAUAUCACAGGAGCAUGCUGGGAGAUGUAGUCCUACUGGUUAGUAAUGCUAAAGAAACAGAAAAUCACAAAGGAGCAUGCUGGGAGAUGUAGUCAAACUAGACAGUAACUUCUGGGGAGACAAAUCCCAGCACAAUCUUUACUCAGAGGAGAAACCACCCAGAUGCCCAGGCUUUGUUUUAGAAAAAUCUGGAUAGUAAACGAAAAGACACCCUCCACAAAAAUCUAAAUCUUACAACAGAUAUACAAGUGUCACAUAUCAAAUUAAAUCGGCACAGUCUUCUGGUACGUCCUAUUCGCACUGCGUUGCUUCUAAAAGCCGUUUUUGGCACAAAAGACACCAGACGCUAGCAGAGUCUAACAGGACCUGGAAUGCUAAGAGGUGCUGUUUGACACAACUGCAGAUAUAGUAUUCCAAAGUCCAAAAAUGUUGUAGUGCUGAUUGAGAUAGUGACACUUUUGCAUUCUGAUGGUUUCAGUGUACACAAAGGGGGCAAUUCGAUUGUUUGUUAUUUUGUCUACAGUAAUGGACCUCUAUCAGAGCUAUUCAAUUGUUUCUCUGAUCAGAAGCCCAUUACCUGUGGCAGUCACAUCUCAGCUCGCACUCCCAGAAGUGAUGAGCUGAAAUGUGCGAGAAGUUGCUGUUCGGGCGCCCAGAGAGCACUUUUCCCCUCUGCGUCCAUUAGAUUAGUCGUGUUUUAGCCGCUUUACGCGCAAUAAUUAAGGGGUACCCAAAACAAUUGAAUAGCAACAUUGGGAACCCAUUAAUUAUCACACUUUCACAAACAAUUGAAUUGCCCCAAAACUUUGCUCCAUCCACAAAAAUAUUAAAAAUAUUAUAGAAAAAUUACCUUCAGGCUAUAGACCUAAUUCAGAUGUGGUUGGAGUAGCAGCGUAUUCCGCAAAGUACUGUUACUUUGCGCAUGCACCGUUCAUACGUGUCUGCAACAUUGUUCACGGGAAGGAGGCGGCGAUAGCCUGCGUUUCUCCAAAAGGAGGUGUGUCGCUACCACUACAGGGGAGGGACGAGGCCAGGAUUUCUUUCAGAGUACAGAGAUUUCCUGGCCUCUAGGUGGAAUUGUGGUGGCCGGCUUGGACGACUCCAUGGGUCACGCAGCCGGCCGAUUGUGCCAGGGAAGAUCAGAUACUGCAUCAGAUCAGUGACGCCUCCUACUGCAUUACCAUAUUAGAGCUAUCUCUGCUGCUUAUAUGUAAGCAGCAGUGAUAGCACCUCCAACCACAUCUGAAUCAGGCCCUAUGUGUAUAAGAUGGCUCUGAAACAUAAAUGCGUUUCUUGUUAAGACUUGAGUACCAUCCCCAAGAUAUCUCAUUAUGGUAUGCAAAUAUUAGAAAAUACUGAAAAAUCCUUCUGUUCCCAAGCAUUUCAGAUAGGGGAGACUCAACCUGUACAUGCGCUACAGUCCAUCGGUGCCACUGCAGGUUGAAGCAAAAUGAAGCCAAGUAUUGAUUCAUGUACAGAAACAGGCUGAUGCGUAUUAACUCCAGAUGCAGAAUUGAAGCUGCCUUUACCUUGUCACUUGACUUUUCAUUGAUUUGGUAAAAGCAAUUUUUUUGUAAUCACUUUAUAAUAUUUUAUUACCUUUCAACAUUAUUUCUUUGGUAACUGCAAAAAAAAAUACUUUGAGUUUGAUAACCAAUGACAUCUCUAAAGCAAAAUGUUUUUGUUUUGUUUUUCAAUGUAAAAAAAAAAGUAACAAGAACAAAAUAAUUUAUUCCUUCUGUUUUAGGGCAUAGAAAAAUAGGGCGUGUGAAAAAAUGUUUGUCUUUUUUUUGUUUUUUUAUUAGGCCUGUACGAGGUGUAGCAUGGCCUGCAAUAAUUUAAUGUAGAUCACAAAACUAGUCUGCUACUAACGUUACAUUAGCAGGUGUUCGGGUCACCCUGUCGGCCAGGGGUGGGUAACCCCUCCUGUAGACAUUGUUCUAACACCGUUUUCUCUCGAUUUUCCCAAUCAUACCUUUCUCAUGGCCUUCUAUACUGUAAAGUAUAUUGGAAUCAUAGUGCCAUCUAGUGUGCACAAUUACCACAUUCUUCAAAGUAGGAGCUUGUAGAUGAUUGCAGUCUACUACAGUGUUAUUGCCCUGCUAGCCUCUAUUAAGUGAAAUAAAAAAAAAAAAAAAGAUUUCCUGAUAUAGCUCGGUUUUUAUCAAAUAAGCCUUUUUACCUUACCAUUGUGCUGUCAUGCCAGAACCUUUGUCUUAGAAAGAAAUUUCCGCUUCCUAUCCUCAAAUUGAUAAUAUGCUGAUGCGCAAAUACUUUAUUUUUGUUUUUUCUGUUUCAUUGAAAACAAAAUGUCAAAUUUUCAGCCUCUCUACAGCGCUUAGGCCAAUCGCCCUCUGGCAUUGCAUUAAACCCCUGACACACAGCAUGUGAAACACAAUCACAUUUGACAUGUUGUUUAAUAAGCGCUUGCUGACUCUGUUGACCUUAAUAUUUUAAAUUCUGAUGAGUGCAAGCACACUGCAAUAACUGAAAGUGCAAAAGCUAUUUGUUAUGUAAAUCUCUGCAUCAAUUCCCAUAACAGGUUACAAGCGUUUACAUGUGUUAGAAGAAACGCUAUGUAAUGCAUGUAUUUUGAUGCCAGUGGGUAAGGGCCUAAGCUAGUUUCUCAAACUCAGCUACUACAUUCCAAGCUUUAAGGAUAUCCAUGCUUGAGCAUGGGUGACUUAAUUAGUAUUAGUCAAUUUGAUGUAAUCUUGGACUCAAACAUGGAUCUCCUUAAAACCUGGACUGCAAUGGCGGAGUUUGGGAAACAUUCGCUAAGCAAUAUAUUUAUUUUAUUUUUUUUAUGAGAAGGCUGCAACAAUUCAGAAACCUAAAAACGUAACCACCUAUUAUUGCAUCCAGCUCCCAAAUAAAGUUAACUUUAUUUUUACCAAAAGGCAGAAGCAAAGUUUCUAAUAAUGAAAUGUGGAUAUGCAGUAGAAAGAAAACAAACACAAGGUUUGUUGGUUCCCUUUUAAUAGUUUAGCAAACCCAGCUAUAAAGACCACAAUGUGUAAGGCCAGAAUUUCCCAAACUCCAUUAUUACAGUCCAGAUUUUAAGGAUAUCCAUGCUCAAGCCCAGAUUGUUAAAUCUAAUUGAAUGAAAUACUAAUUAAGUUACCUGUGCUCAAGCAUGGAAAUCCUUAAAACAUGGACUGUAAUUGCGGAGUUAGGAAAACUCUGGGUUUGAUAUACACUUCCAAAUGCAUUUUCAGGCGAUGUGUGUUUUUUUCUGGAAAAAAAAAUGUAAACUGCAUUACAUUGAUGACUAAAUGUAUUCCUAAUGUAGCAAAUAGCCAUUAUUUUAGAACCGUAAGAAUAAUAUAGAACUGGAAUAAUAUUGUGGUUGCUCCGUGAUUCACUGUAAAAUCUUUAUGCAAAGCCCUCUCCUUUCCUGUAAGACCCAACAGUGACUUAUAGACACCAAACACACCCCAGUGAGCAGAUGUCAUCAGCCUCCUCCCAGUUUAUUUAUACACCUGAGGCAAGAAAACAACUAGGAACUGUCAGAGCAGCAAAAGUUCUUCUCUCUGAAUCAUUCCUUAUCUCUGUUUGCCUUGGAUUUGGAUUCCAGAUAUGUUAACUAUUAAACAAGAAAACAGUUGCCUCCCUGAA